CACAGGGGGAUCUGCUGCGGGUGACGUGAUGAGCAGAUGAUAUUCGGUAUAUAACCGUUAACUUGCCAGUUGUCCCAUUCACUGAUCCCAGCUGAACUACUUGUUUCCUCCACAUACCCAGCUUCACUCCCUCGACGAACCCAAGUCGCGUGCCACAAUGGAGAACCCGAUGCGCAAGAAGGUCUUGCGCGUGCUGUUCAUCUCCCUUCUCCUGGAUCUUAUCUCCUUCACCUUCAUCCUUCCCCUCUUCCCGCAGCUGCUCGAGUUCUACCGCAACAUCGAGACCCAGUCCUCGAGCAACGUGCUCUCCCGCAUCCUCGCGGGUCUGAACGCGUACAAGAACAGCUUCUCCAAACCCAUCAGCGCGCGCUACGACAUCGUGCUACUCGGCGGCGCGCUCGGCUCCCUCUUCUCCCUCUGCCAGGCCAUCGCGUCGCCCGUCAUCGGCAGACUGUCGGACAAAUAUGGGCGCCGCACAGCGCUGCUGUGGUCCAUGGUGGGCAACAUCGCCUCGGUCAUGCUGUGGUGCGUUGCGGUCGAUUUCCGCACGUUCCUCGCUAGUAGGAUUGUUGGUGGUUUGAGCGAGGGGAAUAUCCAGCUUGCGCUUGCUAUUGCUACGGAUAUCAGCACCGACGAGCAGCGAGGCAGGACAAUGGCCAUGGUCGGGGCGUGCUUUUCCAUCGCCUUUACUUUCGGCCCCGCACUCGGUGCAGCGCUGUCGCAGAUGACAACAGUUGCCGCCAAUCCCUUCGCAACCGCCGCAGGUUUCUCGCUCUUCCUCAUCGUCACCGAGACAAUCUACCUCUACGUCGCGCUCCCAGAGACGCACCCUCGAAGCACCUCAACAGCCAACGGCGGCUCGGCAACCACCAAGAAACCCGUCCCCGAAGCAGAAAGCAAGCGCACCAAUUCCCGCCUGCUCCUCAACCUCACCCACUUCUCCUUCAUCCUCUUCUUCUCCGGCAUGGAGUUCUCCCUCCCCUUCAUGACCUACGACCUCUUCUCCUACGAAUCCAAGCAGUCCGGACGCCUGCUAGGCUUCAUCGGCCUCAUCGCCAGCCUUUUCCAGGGCGGCGUGACGCGCCGCAUGCACCCCCUGCGCGUCGUGCAGACGGGCGUCAUCUCCUGCGCCUUCGCGUUCUUCAUCCUCGGCCGCUUGACUACUGAGCGCGAACUCUAUGUCGCUGCGACGCUGUUGGCUAUUACGAGCAGCACCGUUGUGACGGGUCUCAACAGCUUGUCGAGCUUUGAGGCGAGCAGGAGCGAUCGGGGAGAGAAAUUGGGAGAUCACCGCAGUUUCGGCCAGAUCGGACGGGCUCUGGGCCCGUUGAUCUUCUGCUCGCUUUACUGGUGGGCGGGCAGAGACGUGGCGUACUUCAUCGGCGGCACGGGCAUGGUGGCCGUUGCUGGGCUGGUGUUUGCAGGCCUCAAACCACCCGUUGGCCUUGUAGUAGGGAAGAAGCGGGCGGCGGUGACGGAGGGUACAAAGACGAACGGCAGCGUGCAGAAGCACUAGUGAGCGAAGCAUGUACGCAACCA